AUGACGGUAAUUGACUCCUGCAGUUCUAUUUUGGCUAUUAAUACGCAGCAUGAUCAAUAUUUUCCUCUUAUAAAAUCCGAAUUAAGUCUUUGUGAGACCAUUAAGGAAGAGGAAUUUCUUUGCACCAACGUCCGCAUACGAUACAAUUUUGGUUCCGAAGUAUGUGCAUGUGAGGUCAACCUAUUCAACAACAACACAAUACCAAACUGUCGGUUGAAACACACUAUCAACAAGCUGACCUGGAUUCCAUUGAAUCACAAAAAUCAAUGGAUUUAUGCGACAUCAACAUCUUCACGAGCAACUGCAGUAUGUAAUAAGGAAAUCAUACCACUAAAUCUAAAAGGUUCAGGUUUAUUGACGAUCGAUCCAGACUGCGUGCUUAAACACAACUUUGUUUCCGUACAAGGACAACAAAUAAUUGCAUGCACGUCAAGAUAUUCAUACAGUAGUCUUGGUACAAUCUCCGAAUUAAGGCUACAACCCCCUAUGAAGACAUCAGAUGCUUACAGCGGCAACAGUACACUAUCAACGGUACGCAACAACCAAUACGAUCAACAGCUUAAAGAACUCACAGUAUUGCAGAAGGUGUUACAGUCAUACCAGAUAAAUGAUCUUCCAAAUCAAUUUCAGUCACACAAGUACCACAGCUUCACCAUAGCUUACGCUGCACUCGUUAUAGGGCUGAUAUUAAUCAUAAUCAUGAUGAAGAAGAAAUUGCAGAAAAAACAUGUUGAAAUUCCAUCCGAUGAAGAAGCCACCCGCACAACACCUAUACCCAUGCCACGUCGACAGUCACGAGAAUUCGUUAUCAACAUAUAG